GACCGCAGCCACCAGCGCGGAGCCGGAGCAGCCACGGCACAGCCACGGCACGGCCACGGCACGGCCAUGGACAGACCCCCGGGCAGCAUGUGGCUGGGAGCCCCCCUGGAGCAGCUGCCCACGCCAGCGCUGAGCCUGGACCGGGCGAAGCUGCGGCACAACGCGGAGCAGAUGCGGGAGCGCUGCCAGAGGCUGGGCCUGCGCCUGCGCCCCCACGUCAAAACCCACAAAACCCUGGAGGGUGCUGAGCUGGCGACGGGCGGCAGCCGCCGCGGGCUCGUGGUGUCCACGCUGGCCGAGGCUCGGUUCUUCGCGGCGGGGGGGUUCGAUGACAUCCUCUACGGCUUCCCGCUGCCGGGCCCGGAGCGCAUGGAGGAAUGUGCGGCCCUGGCCCGGCGCCUCGAGGCUUUUCAGCUCCUCAUCGACACCCCCCAAGCCCUGGCCCUGCUGCGCCGCCACCCGCUGCCCCCCGGCAAGCGCUGGCUCGUCUGGCUCAAGCUCGACUGCGGGAACGGGAGGGCCGGGGUGCUGCCCACGGACCCCGCUGCCCUCUCCCUGGCCCGGGCCAUCGCCGAGGAUGCCCCGGAGGAGGUGGCGCUGGUCGGGGUCUAUGCCCACUGCGGGAACACCUACGGCUGUCGCGACAUCGCUGCCGUCCAAAGCGUCGCCCGCGACACCACCGCAGCCGUGCUCCGCUUCGUGGCGGCGCUGCGGCAGGCGGGGGUGGAUUGUCCCCAGGCCACCAUCGGCUCCACGCCAUCCUGUAGCCACCCGGUGCCGGAGAUGGCCCAACUCACCGAGCUGCACCCGGGCAACUACCUCUUCUACGACCUGCAGCAGACGCUGCUGGGCUCCUGCCGGCCGGAGGACGUGGCCAUCCGCGUGCUCACCAGGGUGGUCGGGCACUACCCGCACCGCCGGCAGCUGCUGGUGGACUGCGGCUGGGCUGCCCUCAGCCUCCACGGCUACGACCAGGGCCCCGCGGGCUGUGCCGCCGUCGAGGGUCACCCCCAGCUCAGGCUGGUGGGGCUGACGCAGGAGCACGGGCAGCUGGAAGCCGUGGACGGGCAGCUGGAUUUCGGGCGCUUCCCGCUGGGCACCGUGCUGGCACUCGUCCCCUUCCACGCCUGUGCCACCGCCGCCAUGCACCCCAUCUACUACGUGCACGCCGAGGGCAAGGUGGUGGAGCUCUGGCACCCCGUCCGUGGCUGGUGAGGAGGAGACGGGAGCUGCAGGGAGCUGUGCCCGUGCCAGGACCCUGUGCCCGCACCAAGGUCCUGAGCCCACAUCGAGACCAUGUGCCCACACUGAGACCCUGAACCCACACCAAGACCCUGUACUAAUGCUGACAUCCUGCACCCACACCGACACCCUGCACCCACGCUGACACCCUGUGCCCACACUGACACCCUGCACCCACACUGACACCCUGUGCCCACGCUGACACCCUGUGCCCACACCAAGACCCUGCACCCACGCUGAGACCUUGCACCCCCCUAAACCCCUGCACACACACUGAGACCCUGCACCCACACUGACACCCUGCACCCACGCUGACACCCUGUGCCCACACUGACACCCUGCACCCACGCUGACACCCUGUGCCCACGCUGAGACCUUGCACACCCCCAAACCCCUGCACCCACACCGAGACCCUGCACCCACGCUGACACCCUGUGCCCACGCUGACACCCUGCACCCACAAUUAGACCCUGCACCCACACUGACACCCUGUGCCCACGCUGAGACCCUGCACCCACAAUUAGACCCUGCACCCACACUGACACCCUGUGCCCACGCUGAGACCCUGCACCCACACCGACACCCUGCACCCACGCCGACACCCUGCACCCACACCGACACCCUGCACCCACGCUGACACCCUGUGCCCACACUGACACCCUGUGCCCACACAGAGACCCUGCACCCACACCAAGACCCUGCACCCACGCUGAGACCUUGCACCCCCCUAAACCCCUGCACACACACUGAGACCCUGCACCCACACUGACACCCUGCACCCACACUGACACCCUGUGCCCACGCUGACACCCUGCACCCACAAUUAGACCCUGCACCCACACCGACACCCUGUGCCCACGCUGAGACCCUGCACCCACAAUU